AUGGAAACUCGGUUGCGAUACCAAGUGGAAAAGCUACUGCAGUCCGUGGCCGCCGAGGAGAAACAUGCUAUACAAGAAGCCUCAGAGGGCAUGAAGACUGACGUGGAUGAGACAGACAACGUUGAAGACGAUGAAUUGGACAAACUUGCAUUCCGUCCGAAUCCGCAUGCGAUGGCCGCCGCCUCUAAACCAACGGAGAGCCACGUAGCAGAAGACGCAAAAGAAGAAGCUGACGUGUAUCGCCCACCUAAACUGGCCCCUAUGAUGUACGAUCCUGAUGCGCAUGUGUCACGAAAGCAGCGCAACAAGGACCGCCAACCCUCGCGCAACGCUGCGCUUUUGGCGGAUUUGUCGGCUGGUAUGUCUUCCAACCCCUACGAAAUGUCUGUGGCUGGUGUGGGCGGUGGCCACGCAGUGGGCAUGGCCGGAUCUUCUCGUGCUCGUGCUUUGCGGCGCAUGGAAGAGUUUGAAGAAGACAAUUACAAGCGUCUUUCGCUGAGUAAGAAAGAUGCUAAGCGCCGACGCCGCGACGAGCAGGAUGUGGCGCUUGGUGGCCUUGGAUUGUCGUCACAUGGUAAUCGUAUCGGUGGUGGCGUAGAGGAGGAGUUUGGCGACUUGCUGCGCGGCUCUGACCGCGACGAGCGCCGCAGACAGCGUGGUGACGGGCAGGAUGCCUACUACCUUCUACAGAAGCGGUCGAAGCUGCCAUCCACGCUGUCUCGUGCAAAAGAACAUACGCAAACUGCUGGAGAGCUUGGGGAGGGACGCGCAUCUACUCACAAGUUCAAGAAAGCUAUGCGGAACCACAAACGCAAGUCGCGUGCAACAUAG